AUGGCGUCCGCCGUCUCCGCCGAAGCUGCGGUCGCCGCGAGCUUCUCGGAGCUCAACGCAGCGCUCAAGCGGGAGAAUUAUACGCGUGCUGUGGACAUCUGUAACAAGAUUCGCUCCAAGGUCCCCGAUGACGUGGACGCGAUUCGAGUCAAGUGCGUUGCGCUGAUUCGACUGGAGAAGUUUGACAAGGCACUGGAGUUGGCUACAAAGUACGAGUUCCUGCGCACGGAGAAAGCUUACUGUCUGUACCGUCGUAAGCAAGACGACGAAGCUCUGAAGUUGCUGGAAGCAGAAGAUUUGGAGACGCAGAACGCUGCGCAGCUGCAUUUGGCAGCGCAAUUGCAUGUGCGAAGCGGGAACUACGAGCAGAGUAUUCGUAUCUAUGAACUGCUACUUGCACGCGCUCAGGAAGGCGACGACAUUUUGGAGCUGCAAACCAAUUUGCUAGCAGCGUACGCAAAUGCGGGCAGGGGCCAGGAAUUGAAGGACCGCAAGAUCUUGAUUAACGACAGUUUCGAAGUGGCUUAUAACCAAUCCUUGGUGGCUAUCCAGUCGGGCGAUUGGGACAUAGCUGAGAAACUCUUGGUGUCCGCCAAAAGUCUAUGUCGCGACGCUUUUGUUGCUGAGGGUGCGUCAAAAACCGAAAUUGAAGAAGAACUUGCUGUCAUUAAGACGCAGCUGGCAUAUGUGAAACAAAUGCGCGGCGACGUGGAUGGUGCCCUUUCGGAUUAUGGUGACGUGUUGAAGCUCAAGUUGCACAACCGAGCUGUGGAAAUUGUGGCUUCGAACAACAUCGUGACAAUCCGCAAGGACCGCGAUCUUAUGGACUCGUUCAAGCGGUUGAAGAACAUUGACACUACGGCAUUGUCGGACAAGCUGAGCCCUGUGCAACAGGAGGCUGUCGUUACGAACCGCACGCUCCUUCUCUGUCUUAUGAACAAGACGGAGGAAUGUCGAGAAAGCUUGGAGGCCAUGAAGAAGCAAUUUCCCGCAUCAACGUCUGCAGCCGAAAUCGCCUUGCUGCUCGCCAUUAAGGACCAGUCGCCGGCAGCAGCGAUUGAGCAACUUCAGGGUGAUGCAAGUGUAGGUGGUCGUCUCGGGCUCGCACAUGUGUAUAUGACGGAAGGAAAGCUGCUGGAGGCUGCGGAAUGCAUACGUUCCAUUGAGCAGUUGGCACACUCGCCAGGUGUUGUGGCGACUCUCGUCGCUCUGUACGAGCAGGCCGGUGACUCGGCGUCUGCGCAAGGUGUACUGGAAAGCGCACUGGCUCACUACAAGGCAAGCGAUUUCACGUCCGAGCGAGCCAUGACGAUACGUGUGGGUGACUGCUGGUAUAAGAUACAGAAGAAGCAACAUCGCAAGGCUGCUGAUGCGUACAUUGAGCUCUUAGAAGGCGAGACCGCGGGAGCUAUGGACCGCGACCUCCGUCUUCGUUCGAUGGCCUCGCUGGUCGUUGCCCUGUCGUUUUGCGAUGCGGAAGCUGCGGAGGCUCGGUGUGCUAUGCUUCCGGCUGUUGAGGAAAGCGGCGUUGAUCCACUUGACUUGGAGAAGCAGGCUCCACGCUCUACUCACCUUGCCGCCAAGUUUGUGGACACCGGGGACAAGAAGAGCGAACGAAGGCGCUCAGCAAAGAGUCCAGAGAAUAUCGCUCGCAAGCGCACCAAGCGUAGAGAGGCAUACCUGGCUAAGCUUCGCGCUCGUCCGGACUACAAUGCGUCCAUCGGACUGGUGAACCCGGACCCGGAGCGCUGGAUCCCACGUAAACAGCGUUCACACGGCAAGCGUGGUCGUCGUGGCCGAAACCGCUUUGUCGGCGCACAAGGAGCUGGUAUGGGCACGGAAAAGGACGCUUUGAAGCUGGAUGCAGCCGCUCGUGCGGCGCGCAAGACCGAGUCGGACAAGCCUGCUGCUGUCGUGGUCUCCAGUGGCUCGGGCGUUCGCAAGCUGAAGAAGAAGAAACGCAGAUAA